UCUAUUAUUUCCUGAGUUUAAAGCACUAAUUUCCAGCUCUAAAGCUCUGAAAACCCAUCAGAUUUUUCCUUUUCUUUUUUAAUCUUCAAUUACAGCUAACAUAUGGAUUAUUGUAAUACAAAAGAGUGGAUUAGCUGUUUAUUUGCUAACAUUAUUGUAGUAGUAUUAUCCACUGAAGCCUGGCCUCUUCAGAAUUUAACUGACUGAAGAAUGUCACAAAGCAUUUUUUUUCAGCUUUAUUUUCUUUUUUCUCUCAAAACCAAUAAUGACUCAUGGAAUCUCUAGUGGUUGUCAAUAUAAUUGCAGACAACCCAUUUGAGAAUUUCACUCAUUGAAUUGCUCAGUUUAGAAAUUGAGAGAUGGGUAUCACUGGAGAACUGGUUAGAAGUGUCUUCUCUAGGAACAGGUCUUUUGGGACUCCCCGAGACACCAGCUUAGCAAGAAGUAAUGUGACCGACAAGAAAAGAUGGAGUUCAGUCAGAUCAUACCUUUGUGGCGAUGAAUUUAAUUCAGUUGUUGCAGAGGAAGAUUCAUGUUCAGUUAAGAGCUCUGAAGCCACUGUUACUCAGCCUAUACCACAAGGUUUAAGGGACCAACCAGAAAACCAGAGUGAUGAUGAGACCAAGCCAAAUAUGCCAGAGGAAACACACAACUCAAUUUCUAAACUAUUCCAUGCAGAAGAUGCAGCCAUUGUUAUUCAGUCAGCAUUUAGACAAUUUCUGGCCCGGCGUCGAGAUACAGAGAUCAAAAGAAAGGAUGAUAAACAGGAGACACUCACAGGGACCGAAAGUCCGAGCAGGGACACUAUCGGUACUUCGAUUGAAGUUCAAACUGGAAACUCUGUGGAAAUUUUCUUAGUUCAAGAUGAAAGCAAAGGAGUACAUCACCGAGUUCAACAAAAACCAAAAGCUCAGGUUCUGAGGAUAAAGGAAGACUGGGAUGAUAGCAUGGUGAGUAGUAAUAUAUCAAAAAUGAGGAUUCAGAACAAACUAGAAGCGAUGACUAGGCGUGAGAGAGCACUGGCCUAUGCUUUUUCGCAACAGCUUCGAAUCUGCUCCAAGAGAAAACAAGGAAAACCUGAUGGCAUGGAACAGAACAUGAGCUUAAGCUGGAGCUGGCUAGAACGAUGGAUGGCAACCCGUGUUCCAGACAGCUCACUGGGUGAAAACAAUAAUAAACAAUUUGAACCUGUAGACCACAAUCAAAGAUUUGUUAUCAGGAAAGGAAUUAUAGACGGAGCAGGUGAAGAGAAAGAAAGUUGUGGAUCUAAUGAAGUAUCUAUCCAGCUAGAAACCUUACGAGCACCAACUUGUAAGGAAAAACAUCGAUACAGUCCAUCAAAGAACAGGCUUAAAGCUACAAGAACUAUAUCGAGGAGGAAAACUGUACCAAGCUAUCAACCAUCCAAGGAAUCCAACAAGGUGAGCAAGAAAGAUGGUUCAGGGGAGCGUGUAAAAUAUAAGAAGGCACAAGAACAAGCAAUCAAGAGGCCAGAAAGAAAUUAAUGCAACAGUGCUAACCAUCAACUCUCACCAGAUCUUUUAACCGCUUGAUCUUCGGAUUUUUAUAAUGUUAGGAGAGAAAUAAGUUGCUACUAGGGCUAAGGCUUACUCUGUUUAAUAUGUGGCUUCAACAAAAUGGUAGGUUUCCCCUGUAAAUGCUGUCACUAAACCAUUGUUCAUUCUGUAAAUUCCUCGAGUGUUGGUUGUUAAGUAUCAAAUAAUAAAGGUUGCUUAAGUAGCCGAACUUGCAACCCCAAA